CUUGGUUUGCUGGCAAGAGCAGAUUAGGUGACAGCGCAAAGCUUCACAACACGAUUGCUAUAUUCCCCUGCAGGGUUACGUCUCACCUUUAGUACAGAUUGCCAUUCGCCAUUUUAGACAUGGAUUCAUUUGGCUUGAUGACAAUUGGCGUAACGCUGAUUUAUGUCCUGCUUGGCGAGAGGAUGGUCAAUGUGAGGAAGAUGUACAUGGCUACUCGGGAACAAGUCAAGAACCAUCUCCCCAACUGUGUUCCACUGAAGAAUCUAAAUAACGGUGCAGAGGAUAUAACUGUCUUUGGAGAUGGACUCGCCUUGAUAAGCUCUGGUUUGAAGUACCCAGGAAUACCAUCAUCAAAUGCUCCUGGAAAGAUCUUCCUUCUCAAUCUGAAAGACUCUGAGAUGGAACCAGUGGAGUUGCUCAUUUCCAAAAACUUUGACCUGAAGACAUUUAACCCUCACGGCAUCAGUGUCUAUACAGACGCUACAAAUGGGUCAGUCUACCUGUUUGUUGUGAAUCAUCCUCACCACAACAGCCAAGUAGAGUUGUUUGAAUUUGUUGAAGAGGAGCGCUCCCUUGUUCAUCUAAAGACAUUCAAACAUAAACUUCUUUACAGUGUCAACGAUAUUGUAGCAUUUGGAGUGGAUCGUUUCUAUGCCACCAAUGAUCACUAUUUCUCCAAUGAACUCAUUAAAACCAUAGUAGAGCCUCUUCUAGGUCAACCUGGGGCUAAUGUUGUGUAUUACAGUCCAGAGACCGUCAAAGUGGUCUCUGAGGGGUAUCACUUUGCAAAUGGCAUCAACGUCUCACCAGACAAAAGGCAUAUCUAUGUGACCGAUAUAUUUGCUCAUAAUGUGCAUGUGUUGGAGAGGAAAGACGACAAUGCAUUGGUCUCUGUGAAGUCCAUUCCUCUAGGUUCACUCUGUGACAACAUCGAAGUAGAUCCUAAAACCGGUGACCUAUGGAUUGGGUGUCUACCUAAUGCAUGGAAAAUUUUCCAUUUUGACCCCAAAGAUCCGCCUGGCUCAGAGGUUGUCCGCAUCCAGAACAUUCACUCAGACGACCCACUGGUGACUCAGGUGUAUGCUGACGACGGUCAUGUGAUCAUGAGUUCCUCUGUUGCUACGAUCUAUGGAAGCAAACUGCUCAUUGGCUCAGUUUUUCAUAAAGCCUUAUGCUGUGAGUUGGAGUAGGCAGUAAAAUGUCAUUGAACAGACAAAAAAAAUCAACAAUAGACGAAUUUCAUAAGAAAAUCUAUGACCACAAUACAGUUACAUCCAUUAUUUUUUACAGCCCUUGUGAGGUAAAUACAAGUGGGAUGUUAUAAGUAGGGAUAAUGUUAAUAAUAGAUUAAGUCAUUGAUUACUUGUUACUUGGUACAGAUAAUGUGCAGUACUCUUCUGCAACCAGCAGAGGUGAUGGCAAUUAACUAACAUCAGGAAAUUGGCUAUAUAGGAAGUUGAACUACAUUCAUGCAGAAUGCUGCUAUGGCAGCAUUAUUCUGACAUGUAUGUAUAAAUGAUAAAUAUAAAUAACUGUUAAAAAUCAAAUGUUAAUUUCCCCUAUCAUUUUUGUCAAAUGUCCCUAGCUUUGAGUAUACAUUGGCAAUGAUGUGGAUCACAAGAUGCUAGAAGAUGUGUGACAGGUUUACCAUUGAAUUGUUUAUUAAAGUGAGCCUCCCCUCAGAGAAUAAACAACAAUAUGUGGGAAAUUUUG